UCUUCUUCUUCUUCCUCCUCUCAACCCUACCAACCACGAUAUAUAUAUAACCCACUUCACCUCAUCUCUUCCCCUCACCUGGGUUUCUCUCUUCUCCCUCUCUCCCUAACAUGCAGCCUCCCCACCUUCUGCUUCACCUUUUCCUCUGCCUUUUGCCCUCCCUUUCCCUCAUUCCCGCCGUCAAACCGGAUCUCACCUCCGACAAGGCUUCCCUUCUCUCGCUCCGUUCUUCCCUCGCCGGCCGAACCAUCGAGCUCUGGAAUGCAAGCCACCAAACCCCCUGUUCCUGGACUGGCGUCAAAUGCCAGGGCAGCCGGGUCACUGUUCUUCGUUUGCCGGGUGCUUCCCUCUCCGGCCAAAUUCCGACCGGCAUUUUCAGAAAUUUGACCCAUCUUCGCACUUUGAGUCUCCGACUCAACGCAUUGACGGGUCAGCUUCCGUCAGAUCUUGCAGCAUGCACUAAUCUCCGCAGCCUCUACUUGCAGGGUAAUGCAUUUUCUGGCCCAAUUCCUGAGUUUUUGUUCCAAUUUCAUGACCUUGUUCGUCUUAACUUGGCUUCCAAUAACUUCUCCGGCGUCCUGUCCCCCGGUUUUGACAAACUCCGGCGGCUGAAGACUCUGUUUCUUGAGAACAAUCGCCUUACUGGCUCAUUACCGGAGCUGAAGCUGCCUAACCUCGAACAGUUCAAUGUUUCCAACAAUUUCUUUAAUGGGUCGGUUCCUCGUCGUUUCCAGUCGUUUCCCUUUACUGCUUUUAUGGGUAAUCCACUUUGUGGGCGACCCUUUGAGAAUUGCGCUCGAAAUGUCAUUGUUCCAUUGACAGUGGAUAUUGAUGUUAAUGAGAACAAGAGAAGGAAGAACUUGUCUGGGGCUGCGGUCGGAGGGAUUGUGAUGGGAUCCGUUCUGGGUUUGGUUUUGUUUUGUGUGAUUUUGAUGGUUUCUUGUCGGAGGCAGAGCGGUCGGAAAACAAGCACUCUGGACAUGACAGCCCUUGUCGAUGUACGAGGAGAGAAGGCAGUUAGUGAAGAGAAUGGGGGGUAUGAAAAUGGGUGCUCUGUGGCUGCUACGGCGGCGCUAGAGAAUAAGAAAGGGGAAGGGGAUGACAACGUUGGUGGUGCUAAAAAGUUGGUGUUUUUUGGGAAUGCUGGUGGGAGGGUGUUUGAUUUGGAGGAUCUGUUGAGGGCUUCAGCUGAAGUGUUGGGUAAGGGAACGUUUGGGACAGCUUAUAAAGCUGUGUUGGAGAUUGGGGCUGUUGUGGCUGUGAAGAGAUUGAAGGAUGUGAGUGUUUGUGAGAGGGAAUUUAGGGAGAAAAUUGAAGGUGUGGGAGUAAUGGAACAUGAGAAUUUGGUUGCUCUUAAAGCUUAUUAUUAUAGUGUUGAUGAGAAGCUUUUGGUUUAUGAUUAUAUGGCUAUGGGAAGCUUAUCUACACUUUUGCAUGGUAACAAGGGAACUGGUAGGACACCAUUGAACUGGGAAAUGAGGCGUGCCAUUGCAUGUGGAGCAGCUCGUGGCAUCAAGUACUUACAUUCUCAAGGCCCAAACGUCUCUCAUGGAAACAUAAAGUCAUCCAAUAUCUUGCUCGCCAAAUCCUACGAUGCCCGAGUCUCCGAUUUCGGCCUAGCACAACUAGUUGGCCCAGCAUCGAGUCCUAACAGAGUGGUGGGGUAUCGUGCACCGGAGGUGACAGAUUCUCGUAAAGUAUCACAAAAAGCAGAUGUUUACAGCUUUGGCGUAUUGCUGUUGGAGCUUUUGACAGGAAAGGCUCCGAGUCACGCAGUGUUAAACGAGGAAGGGGUGGAUCUACCGAGAUGGGUACAGUCAGUGUUGCAAGAGGAGUGGAGGUCGGAAGUCUUCGACACCGAACUGCUGAGGUACGAGAGCGUUGAGGAGGAGAUGGUUAAAAUGUUGGAGCUGGCUGUGGACUGUGCGGCGCAGCAUCCUGAUAGACGGCCUUCAAUGUAUGAAGUGAGUAGGCGCAUUGAGGAGUUGUGCAGCCCUUCCGCCCAUUCGAAUCCCCAGCUACACAACGUUGGUGCUGCUGACAAGCCCUUUGGUGCGUCCACCUCCCAUAUUCCGAAUGCCAAGUCCAUUUGAGCAAGUUUAGUUGGUUGUGUAAUAGCUAAUUGUCGUUGCAAUUUGGUAGCAUGUGGUAACUUGUUUGUCUACUAACUUCAUGCUUUGGUUCGUUUC